CUCUCUCUCUCUCUCUCUCUCUCUCUCUCUGUGUGAGAUGAGCUUGAGAGAAGACAAUGGUAGGGGGUGAAAGAUGAAGAGGAGGGUUAUGUUAUAUAUGCAUCUUCCAUGGCCAGCCAUUGCGCUUACUGUGCUUUCUCACUAUCACCACAGAGGGAUUUCGUCAACAAAACCAAGUUAAAGCCAUCAGCAAGAUCCAAACCUGUACUUCUUUCUUCUAUAAGCAGCACCAGAGCCUCCUACAACACUCUGGUCUCUGAGGCUGUCAGACUUUUGGGUCCUCCAGCAAGAUUCGAAGCUUCAAAGCUGAAAGUGGUUUUCAUGGAAGAACAGUUGGCCAAGUAUUCAGGAAUUAUUCCAAGAACCUACAUCCUAUCCCACUGUGACUUCACAGCUAACUUAACCUUGACUAUCUCUAAUGUCAUCAACCUUGAUCAGUUAAAUGGGUGGUACAACAAGGAUGAUGUAGUUGCAGAAUGGAAGAAAGUGAAAGAUGAAAUGUGUCUCCAUGUCCAUUGCUAUGUUAGUGGCCCUAAUCCCCUGCUUGACCUGGCAGCAGAGUUUAGAUAUCACAUAUUCUCGAAAGAAUUGCCUUUGGUGCUUAAAGCUGUGCUGCAUGGAGAUUCAGUACUUUUCAGAGAGCAUCCUGAGCUACUGGAUGCUUUAGUUAGGGUAUAUUUCCAUUCCAGUUCGCCCAAGUACAAUCGGACUGAAUGUUGGGGACCUCUCAAGAAUGCUGCAGAGGGAAAACAAGGGGAACAUAUCCAAGGUUUAUUAAGUGCAAGGGAAGAUGGUUUGAGGGAAAAGUGGGGACGCCCAAAAUCCAUCUUCCAAGCCCUGUUUGCUUUCCUUCUUUGAAAGUGGAACUUAAGAGGCAAUUUAACCUCAAAGGGUUUUUGGAUCUUCAUGCCACAAGGACUGAAAUUAAUGUUUUGGUGGCUGAGCCAAAAGCAGGAUACAUCAUAUUCUUAACCUCUUUGGGAAAAGACAAAGGCCAAGCUCAUCUUACAUGAAGAGUGUGGGUUCAAUUGAUUCUUUUACAAUUAAUACAUGUUCAAUCAGAAAUAUUGACACAUUAUUCUUGUGUAACUGAGACCAUUUUUUAUUUUUAUUUUUUCAUUUGAUAAAUCAGAAAAUGGCUGAUGUCUUUAUUUCUA